AAGAGAGCAGCUCUUCUAGCUUGCCGCUGAUAGGUCUUUGAUGGAAGUACCACUACGGUCCGGCCACGCCUGAUUCGUUCUCGCUGCCGUAGAGCGUUCCAAGGACAUCGUGUUCUUGCUAGCCGGCUGAACAAACUCUUCUUCUGCACCUCACUCAAUACCCUCCAAAGUCUGAUGCUCCUGCUUUCACUCAAAUGAGGCAUACCUCCAAGCAUACAACAGCUAGAGAGAAUGUCGUCGACACUGGAUGCUGAGACCCAUUCCCUGGAGGCUCGUCUUCCGCCUACCACUACUUCGCGUUCCGCCGAUGUAUCCAGUCUGAUAGCAGAGAAGGACUCCACAGAGACCGAAAGCAAGAACACGAUAUCCUCUGCACCUCCACAGAAGUCAAGUCAGGAUGUUACCCCACAAGAGACUCUCAGCCAGCAUGACCCCGGUGAGCCACCAGCUGGGGCCGAGCCAGAUAUCGAUGCGGUUUCCAACGAUGCCUCCAUUUCAGGAGUAAACAUCCCAGACGAUCUCAGCGAAGCUUCGAGUGGGAGUACUAUAAGUCGAGACUUCAAAUUAUUUCCUGGGGACGGGGGAACGAAGCUAAGCAGAAUUGCGCGAGAGCUUCGAAACAUGUCUCUCAAUCGUAUUGAUGCUUCUGCUCGAUUCAAUCCUGACAACGCGCCAAAGUAUUUCGCCAAUCAUCUGAAGAUGAUGAAUUGGAUCUCCAAAGUCAUCCAAGACUGCGGUCGGCCUCCUCCAUUGCCUCUGAACCCACAGUAUCAGGAGAGAACCAGAGCAACUCCAAUUUUGAAAGAGUCUUUCUGGACAGAGUACUGGAACAGUGAUUUGAGCUGCGCGAUUGAGGUUUUGAUAGAGGAAGAGCCCCUAAAUAAGUUGACUUAUCGAACACCGGGUCUUGAUGACAGAACUCAAGCCAAACCCAUCAUUCUGCGACCCCGACACAACGGCGCCAAAGCCCUUCCGCCCAGGAUAUCGAUUAGAUCUUUGCCGGUAAGAAGAAUAUUGAGUACGCUUACCGAUGGAAGUCUUACUUCGGGAGCCAACAUUUCGAUUUUUCGUCCUUACAAGAUUCUCCAAUGGCUUGAGCCUAAGAUCCGCGAAAGGUUGUCAGAAAUUCCGGAUCUCUGUCUCAAAUCAACAGACAGAGACAAGAGCGUCGAGGAUCCAAACGUCCCAACUAAAGCCGACGUUGAAGACGAAAACGGGACUAAAAAGGACGCAAAGCCGUCAAUGACAAGAGAAGCGAGAGACAUCCUAAUUUUCACUCCGGCAUACGACUGGAAGUAUUUGACCCAUGAAGAACUACGAGAAGCCUCUGACGACCUUGGUAUUCUCGUGUCUUUCAUGGACAAAUACAUUCUUCCUCUCGGAAAUGUACUUCAGAGAUCAGUCGACAUUCGGGUCCACUACCAAGAGCUAUGGCAUGUCUUCAAGCCAGGAAGUAUUAUCUACGUCAAAGACCCGGCAGUUCCCCAAAAGUUGUGGCGUGUGGUUCAAGGCAAAGGAGGCCAAAGACCACAAUACCGGCAACCUUCGACCCAAACCACUCAUUUCCAGCUUGGAGGUGCUUGGAACGACUCGAGGCCGCUUCCUUUUGUGAUAGAAUGCUAUUACAUAGACUUCGACGGCGACCAGUUCAUCCGCGUCUUCAAGGAUUUCAAGUUUGAGAUGCUGAGGGAUCUGACCAGUAUUCGUUCCCUCCCGAUCGUUCCUUUGAGUAUAGCAGAGCGAGAUGGCCUCAUUGACUUAGCAGGCUGCGAAGUGAAAGGACAAGAUUUCAUAUCCUACACAAAAUGGUCCUACAGUUAUUAUCGAGGUCAAAGUCUCAUAGACGAGCCCGAUGGAACAGUCUUACGCCGUUCCGAGAAAGGAGCGAUCACUUCGGUUGUCAUGAUUGCGGAGGCUAUUGAAAGCCCAGUAGUUGUGGAUCUUCAUCGUUGCCUACAGGAAGUACCAAGUUGGAAGCCAGGAAGGUCAUCCAGAGGCAGUUGGGGCGAAGCCGAGACUAUCGAAGAACAGAAAGCACCACCCAAGAAUUAUCUUAUCCCACCUGCUCCCCCAGGAGUAGACGACGAUCGAGUGUGGGAUGCUCGAAUGGCGGAGGAAGUUCUCAACUACACCGAUCAAUCCCAGCCUGUAGAGGUGUACCGUCGAGAACCUCCUAAAGGAGAUGAGAUCCUCCUGCUUCCCAACAGGGUUUUUGCUUUUGUUUUACGUACACGUCAGUGGGCUUGUAUACCUCUCGGGUCUAGCUCACUUGAGGCUCAGGGACAUAGUCUCACUAGAAUGGGAGAAGACGAGAAGGCAUGGGAAUAUCUUCAAAUAGACGAUGGCCACAGAACCAUCAUCAAGUCUCUGAUGGCCACCCACUUUCGCAAGAAGAAGUCCGAGCGGCGUCAAUUCGAUAUUAUCCAGGACAAAGGGAAGGGACUCAUCGUGCUGUUGCAUGGAGUUCCUGGGGUGGGCAAAACUUCAACUGCUGAAACCGUCGCAGCCUACUACAACAAGCCAUUGUUGCCUAUCACUUGCGGUGACUUGGGGAUGACUCCCACCGAAGUGGAGUCCAAUCUUCAGAAUGCAUUUCAGAUGGCCCAGGCCUGGGAGUGCGUUUUGCUUUUAGACGAAGCUGACGUCUUCCUGGCCGAAAGAAGCCAAGACAACAUUGAGCGAAACGCACUAGUAUCUGUCUUCCUUCGCGUGAUGGAAUACUAUGAAGGAAUGCUCUUUCUCACGACCAACAAGGUGGGCUCCUUUGACGAGGCCUUCAAGUCCCGCAUGUCCAUGGCUUUGUAUUAUCCACCUCUCACCCACGAGCAAACAAAAAAGAUAUGGGAAGUACAAAUGGAUCGUACGGAGCAACUCUCAAUCGCAGCUGCGCCUGUGGACCUGUCUCAGCACGUAAAAUUCAAGCGCGAUGAGAUCAUGACUCUUUCCACGACUCUUUGGAACUUGCAGACUCUGAGAGAUGACCACAAGCCAGUCUGGAACGGAAGACAAAUCAGAAACGCCUUCCAAACGGCCGUUGCGCUAGCCGAAUUCCAUCAGCAAGAGAACAAUGUCCCGGGGCCCAUCCUUGUGAAGAGUGAGCAUUUCGAGAAGGUGGCCAAGGUGUCCCAUGAGUUCAACGCGUAUCUCUACUCGGUGAGGCACGAGCGCCUGGAGAAUGAACUUGCCCACAAGAAAGAGCAUCGCUACGACGACUUUAACCGGAAUCACUUUGGCUUCGGAGGGCAAGGGCUCGGAGUGCCUCAGCAGGGAGGAUUUCAGCAGGGUUUCGCAAUGCCAGGCGGCUUCCAAAACCUUCACCAGUUAGGUAUGAUGGGGAUGGGUAUGCCAAACAUGGGGAUGGCUGGGUCUGGGUUCAAUAGUCUGCAAAAUCAGGGUAAUCCCAUGGCCUCACAGUCGUCGUAGGCUGGCUUCGGCAACAUGAAUAACAUUGGCAUGGGGAUGGGCAACGUCAACAUGGGCAUGGGCAACGCUGGUCUCGGAAACGCUGGUCUCGGCAACGUUGGUCUGGGGAGUGCGGGGAGUGGCGGCUCGAACGCAGCCAUGGGUGCACAGCAAAGCAAUACCAACAAUGUAGGUAUUCCUGGCCAAACCUUGGGGGGACAAAUGACUCCCCAACAACAGCAGCAGAUUCAAGAACUUCUUCGGCUCCAGCAGCAACAGCAGCAGCAGUAGUGGCAGUAUUACAACAAAAGUAGUG